AUGGAGGCUCUGAAGCUAACAAGAGCUCUUAAGAGUAACACAGCUUUGCAGACAGUGACACAGAAACAUGGUCAUGUAAGAUUAGCGAAUUAUGCGAAUAAUUCAUGGCGUAUAAAUCUUGAUCGUCGUGAUAGUGGCCCUGCAAUGAUUGUGGCUUCGUUGGAUGGUCCAAGCACAAGCACAAGAUACCUGCAGCAGAAGCAAGUUGACUUGUUCAUACGCCCGCUAACCCAGUUUCACAUGGACCAAAACCCGAACAAAGAUGAAGAGAUGGUUGUGGCAAAGCUGCGUUUGGUGGCGGCAGCAGCGGCAGACCGGGCAGAAAUGCACGGUGUCCUGGCAGAGCAAAGAGACGGAUGGAACAAACUUCUCCUCGCUUCCCUCACCAACAUCACGCUCGCCGCGCUCAUUCUCCAGGCUUUACCCAACAACGAUAGUAAUAACGUUGUCGCCACACUUUUGUAUGGCUUCUCCACAGCUUUGAUGUGCGGUGUAAACAAAAUCCAGCCUUCGCAGCUAGCGGAGGAGCAGAGAAUGGCGGCGCGGCUCUUCCGUCAGCUCAACACUGACAUCCACACAAACCUUGCUCUGCCUCCCCACCUUCGUCAGGACAAGUGUGCAGAAUCCUUCCUCGCCAAGGCCUACAAAGCGGUGCUUGCAUUGGAUGAGGCUUAUCCUCUGCCUCUCUUCCCCGGUAUGCUCGACAAAUUUCCCAAGAUUGUACGACCGACAGUGUGGUGGCCUCAACAUGAACAAUAUCAUCAAACACAGAACCGACGUCCCCAUACUGACAACAACACAACCAUCAAUGGAUGGAGUGCAGAGGUAGAGGAAGAGUUGAGAGGUAUUUCGGAGACGCUUAAAACUGGUGAUAUUGCAGAGUAUGUGGGGCUCAGCCGCAAAGUACUGGGAGCAAACAGUAUUCUUGCAAUAGCCGGCCCGUUGCUCACUGGGAUUGCAGGGGCACUGAAUUUGAAUGGCGCAAUGUUAUCUAUGUCAAUGGUGGCGGGCGUGUUGGGUGUUGUGGGCAACACACUCAGCCAUGCAGGUCAGGUCGGAAUGGUUUUUGAGAUGUACAGAAACUGCGCAGGAUUCUACCAUUUGCUGGACUCCUCCAUCUCAGACACUCUGAGCGAGGCAGAUCCAGAGGAGAGAGAAAACGGAGAGCUAUUCCAUUGGAGAUUGGCCUUGCAGCUGGGUCGCGAUCCUCAUUCUCCUCUUGCAGAUUCUGCCUCCAAAUUUGCCGGCAAGCUUUUCUGA